AUGUCCAUUGAAAAUGGAGUCAUGUUUCCCAUGGACCCACCGCCUGGAGUGGUCCGUGAUAUCAACCAGGUUCCCGCCGAUGCUCCCCUUGUGGUUGUCACGGCCAUCUUUUUCCCGCUUGCGACAGUAUGCAUGGGCAUUCGAGUUUACACGAGAGCAGCUAUUGUAUGCAAGCUCUCUUUUGAUGAUUAUCUUAUGAUACUCUCCUGGGUAUGCAAUGUUCUUCUCGUGGCGUUCACACUGAAUAUGACAAAUUACGGAAUGGGCAAACACCUAUGGAACGUCCCUUUCUCACCAGACUUAUUCCCCCAUUUCUCACUCAACAACCUCCUCGCAGCCAUCUUCUUCUGCGCAGCUACAGGCUUCGCCAAAGGCAGCAUCCUAAUCUUCUACCUCCGAAUCUUCCCUAUGAAAGCCGCCCGAAUCCUCAUCUGGACCGCCUUCGCUUUCAUCAUAGGCUACUCAACAGCCUCAGUACUCGUCAACAUCUUCUCCUGCAAUCCUGUUCGGGGCUCUUGGGACCCUGUGGCUAUGGCGACAGCAAAAUGCAUUAACAGACCGGUCUUCUACUUCUUACAAGCCGGCCUAGGAAUUUUCGCAGAUAUUCUCACUGUCAUUAUUCCUCUACCGUGGCUCAAGACUCUUAUGCUGCCUAAGAAACAAAAGAUCGGAGUUGGCGUGCUUUUAACAAUGGGUGCAAGCGUGUGCAUCAUCAGCGUCAUUCGGUUGCAAUCUCUCAGUGUCUUGCUCCACAACCCAGAUUUAACGCAUAACACGGUCUUGGCUUUGAUGUGGUGCAUUCUAGAAUUGAACCUUAGCAUCAUCGGUGGUUCCAUGGCUACUAUCAAGCCUUUUCUUAGAAUUGCUAUUCCCAGGAUGUUCAGCUCUGCUUAUGGAGCGAGUGGGAAUACUGGACCUGGUAUUCAUCUUGAGUCGAAGGAUAGGAGUGGGUUUCAGCGAUCCACGGGAACAAACUCGAAAGCACCACAGAUUAGUACGCAUGGGUAUACAGAAAGCAGUGAGGAUCUAGUUGCAUAG